AGCUCAGUGGGGCCUUAGCUGGUACAUUUAAAAAAAUAGUUUAGUUCAAUAUAUGCAAGCUAGAGACGUCAGACUGUUGCGUGACGUUUCGCACCAUCCAUUUAGCGCGGUUGGCUACGUACGGUCCAAUCGAAGUUCAACAUACAUUGUUUAUUGGCGCUGGAAGCAACCGUGGCCAGUGGUUGAGACUAACGAUGCAGUGGCAGCCAAAGGAAGGAACGCGCCUGCAAGGAUGUCUGCCGCCGAGUCUGAACCUAGAUGUUAGCUCGUGUGCAGGGCCUAGACGGAUUGUUGCAUCUCAGGACCAGGGGUCUGAAACCAAAAUAACAAUAAGAGCCGUUUGUGUUAAAAUUCGGUAGUAAGUAAAAAAAAAAAAUCAAGAGCCGCAAUGUGUGUAAAUUACGAGACGGUCUUUAAUUCAUAACGUCAUGAAGCAGUAGUUAACGAGCCGCAUACAGCUCUAGAGCCGCAUGUUCCCGACCCCUGAUCUAGGCCCAAAAGGCAGUAAGCCCAUACCCGUGGUCAAGUCAGUGGGUAUAUUCCAUACCGAGGGCUAAUGAACUUUGUACGUACGCAGCACUGCAUUGCUCUCACACACAAACGAAUGACGUUUUUGUGUUUUAUAUUUUUCAGAGAGGGGCUUCAGAUGACGCACCUUCCGACGUCCACGGAGUCCUCUUCCCAGCUGCAGGCGUACGUGUGCUGGGUGAACGGGCAGCUGCGCCGCGUGGCAGGAGCGGCGCCCAUCCGAGAGCUGCGAGCGGACAUGAGGGAUGGCACGGCGCUCGCCAACCUUCUACUGGCGCUCCUGGGCGUGCGCGUGCACGUCCACGAGACGCCGAGCACCGCGGACGAGGCGAGGGACAAUGUGGAGGCCGUUCUGGGCUUCAUCGCGAGCCGCGGCGUGCGUCUGCACCAGACGUCUGCGCAAGACAUCAUCGACGGCAACCUGAAGCCAAUCAUGCGCGUCGUCCUUGCGCUGGCCGCUCACUUCAAGCCGACCAGUCAGAGGCGCCGAUACUCAGGCUCCGGCGCGGGCGAGGCCUCGUCGCCGACGGCGAUGGCCAAUCGCGCGCCGCGCUCCGCCGUUGCCAUGGCGCAGAGCGCGGCUGCCAUCUGCGAGGCCCGGGUCCCCCCAUGCCCCCUACAAAGUGAGGACUCCGCACCCCCCGGACUUCCCGAGACUCCCAGUUCCCCCAGCGCCCUGACCUUCCGCAGCGUCCGUGAUCGCGUGCGUCACUACGAGGGUCAGCGGGGUCACGGGGUCACCGGGGACACGCCCGCGUCGCCACGGUCACAAUGCGAUGCCACGUCAAUGAAGCCAAUCGCCGUGGCCCCGGCGGAUCACGUGACCGACACGUCCGGCCAAUCGGAGCAAGGCCGGACAACGUUGAAGGAGCGGUUGCGCAUUUACUCCGAGGAUGGCGGGGGCUUUCUGGAGGCUGUCGGCUGGGAGGCUGAUGUGAGAAGUGUGCAGAACCUGCUCAACUCUCUGCAGGCCGUGCUGCUCAACGGAAUUCUCUCCGAGGAGGAGGAAGAGGAGCUUCAGCUGCAGCUGUCCGAGGACAACGCCUGGGAAAAGACGAUCAUCCUACAGGGCCGUCUGCAUCAGGCCACUGAGGAAUGUCACCUCCUGAAGCAAGACGUCUUGAAGUGGAAACAAGAGAGCGUGCACACGAAGGGCGUCGUGGAUGGCCUGCGGAGCUGUCUGACGCAGCAGGAGGCCACGCUGCUGCAGGCGAAGCAGGAGCUGCUGCGGGCCAACAUAGAGAGGGAGAGCGCCGUGCAUCACAACGCCGAAUUGCAAAAGAAGUUGGAAGAGAAAUCCGCCCUCAUCUCCGAGCUCAGGAGGGAGGCAACGCUGCGGAGGAGGGAGGGGGAGGAGGGACGCUCGCAGAGGAGAAGUUUCUCCAACGGGGCAGCCCGCCCCUCCGGCCUCACCUCGCCCGGCCACAAUGCUUCGGGCCACAGCUCGCCCGGACAUAACUCGCCAAGCCACAGCUACGUCCAUGCCAACCACUCGCUGAUCCGCGAGUCUCUGGGCAGCCUGAGGCGGGGGCUCUCUUCCCACGACCCGCGGCAGCACACCCUGGACACGCUCGAGCAAAGCAUCCUGGUCCUCCUGGAGUCGUCAGGGAGGGCGUCGCAAGCGCGGGACGCUCGCGCGGGAACCAAGCAGACCUCGGCAGCCCCCCGCGCCCCCCUCGCCGUGGCUGGCCCCCCACACGCAACCAGCACCAGCGCAAGCAACUCGCCCGCCUCCUGAUGCCAGCGUGCGCCGAAGCCUCCGCUCCUCGUUCGUUUGCUCCUCGUUCCGAGCCUCCGAUCGACCUCCCGAUCAGAGCGCUUAUUUCACCCGAGGUUGCACAACUUCAGUGACACUCGAUCAUUUUCACGGUUCGCAGUAGUUAGCCACGUGAAGAAAAAUGGCACGGCUAAAAGCUUUUCGCCAACCGUAUGAUGUGCCAAUUUCUGCCGUGGCCCACGGACUUAAAGGGCAUUUGUGGUACGUGCCAGGCACGCCGGUGCUUUUGGGGAUCCCGAACGCAUUGUAGGGAAUUGUAAGAUUAGAAGGAUGUUAGUCGAUCUCCACUCCUUACAUCCCAUCACCACCACCACCACCACCACGGGGCCUUCCUUUCCAUGCUCACCAGUCUCCUCCAUUCCAAUGCAACGCAAGUAGUUACGCACCUCCGAUUAGCACAGUCGGGUACGUACGGUGCGAAAGGAGUUCAGCAUACAUACAUACACGCUGCAUACGCCUGUUUAUUGCUAAACAGUGGCCCCAUUUAAUGUAGGGUGCCGGUUAAAUUGAAGAUGUGUGUGCGCAUGCGUGCGUAUGUCCCAGCAUUCAAACGUGCUCGCUAACAGCACUUGACCCUACAGUUUGUAACAGCUAUACAGCGGAUAUUUGUCUUGAUCCCAUGUUAGAUGCACAGGUGGCGCACCUACCCAUAACAGCUGGGUCUGUCCCGUGACCUCGUGCCAGCAGCAAGCCUUCCUCACUUCAAGUGGCCUCAAAAUAGUGCACCUAGCCUGGCACAAGCCCUGUGGUGGCCUCACCGCCGACCAGUCGUCGCAUAUGACGUAGACGGGCUGAUUCAAACAACCAUUGCUCGCUAUGUUACAUGGGGCGGAGUUUCACAAUCGUCUGGCGUGUGCAGCUCGUUACCAACCCAUUUUUUUGUAUUGGCACGAAGGAAAAUUGGUCAAAUCGGAAAAAAACGUGCCGUGGUGGGCUAAUGAGGACUGGAGUUUAGAGAAUCCCCUGGGUUAUAUGGGCAUUAGAGGUUGCAAUUAACACGGAUCAGCAGUCUAGCGCUAGGGCCCUUGAGGGCUGCUUGCAGAUCAGCCGUGCAACGCCUGAAGCGGUGUUGUCCUCUGAAAUUACAAGUAGAGGGUGAAAUCCGCUCUGUCGCGCUUUGCGUCACCGGCCAUGAAUUUGAGGGUUCCAAAUGACGAAGCGUUUUGUUCUCGAUCUGUUGAUUUUAAUCCAUUGGGGCACAUGGAUCGCGUCGCUCGCACGAGAUGCGAUUCGUGUAGGUCGUAUACGAUUGGUUUACGUGACCCCCCCCCCCCGCCCAUACAGACACUAGAGGCCGCUACAUUCUCCAGUGUUGAAUAUAAUUCGAUUCUUGAGGUGGCUCAAGUGGUCAGGUCGCUGCUGCUAAGCUAAGCCGGCGUCGCUGAGGACCUGGGUUUGAAUCCAGGCCUGUUACUAAACUGGCUUCUCAAGUGUAGACCGUCUCAGACCGAUCAACAAUGACUGCACACACACAAAAAAGCAUCGCAUUAUAAAGUGCACUCGUAUUUGGCCUCAUUCCAGCUCUGAGAAUUAAAAAAAAUGUUACUCGUUUCAUGGUCAUGUGACGAUCUCACAGCACAGCGUGUGGGAAAGUUGCGCCCCAUGCUGUGUAGACGGUGCAAAUGCCACCGGUGUAGAGAUGCUGAAUGUAGCGGCCUCUAGUGGCUGCAGGGGUGACUUCAAUCCCAUUGAAUGCAACAGGUAUGGAUCCAGAGCCCAUCGAAGAACGUAUCGCGAUGAGAGUGGAUUGGUGGAUGCAUCGUCACUCCCCUACCCAGCCACUGCCUGCUCCUUCACGUGUGAAGGCAGAUCGAUUCCAUGAGUUAAGUGCUGAAACCUAGACCGUGUUUAGAGAAUUCCUUUUUUCAGCAAGAAUGAUUGCCGUUUUUACUUAACUUUACAUUAUUUAAAAG